AUGAAUUCGAAAGACCAAAAUUUAUUAUCAUCGUCUGAAUUCUCGUCAUCAGUAUCCUUCUUAUCAGCAAAAUCUAUAUCUUCAAUCUCUCAAGACAACAAUGAACCUACUGACAUUGUUAAAGAACUUUUAAACAUAUUCAAUGAGAUGAAUGAUAAUUACGAAGAUGACCGAAUAAUUGCAAUCAGAGUGCGAAAAUACUUGCUUGAAAAUGAUAUUCACCCGAAUGAAUUUUUUGAAAUGCUAUUGUCGUCGCAAAAUACCCCGAGAAGCAUUUCAUUUUUGGCGCUUUUGUAUUGUUGGGGCAUUGGAGUUGCCGAGAAUAAAGAAAAAGCUUUUGAGGUUUAUCAAGUUGCUGCGAACACGGGUGAUGGUUUAGCCUAUAAUCAAAUGGGAGGGUGUUAUUACUUUGGAAUCGGAACUAGUGUUAAUUAUGAUAAAGCGUUUGAAUGGUUCCAGAAAUCCGCAAAGACUUAUGCGACAGGACAAGGGUGGCUUGGGGUGUGCUAUGCAAACGGACAAGGAGUAGCACAAGAUCAUAACGAAGCUUUUAAAUGGUACAAAAUGGCAGCUGAUGCUGGUGACCAAUGGGGAGCACUCAAUGUCGGACACUUCUACCGAGAAGGGAUAACUGAAGCCGGCGUUAACAAAAAAGAAGCCCAUUGCAAUAAUCGGUAUUCUGUCGAACCUUACUUUAUUCCAAUAGCAAUGUCGAAAGUUAUACACGCGAGAAUCGGAACACUAUAUGACGCUUUCAAAAAAGUAACCUCGUCAAAACUACAUCAACCCGCAAUUGCAGAUGAAUCACGGAAUCAAAAACGUGCAAUGAGUAACACGACUGUGCUUGGUGCUUGCUACACGGAUGGAAUUUGCACAAGGAUUGAUAAAAGAAAGGGAUUAUUGGCAGAAAAGUCGGCCAUACGUAUUUACGUCCAAUUCAGCUCUUUUAACAAUGAACUGCAGUCUUUCAAAUUCCACCAACCAGUCCAAUAA